GUAAGCUGGGGGAACCGGAACACGCAAAAGCUAAACCUACAGAGCCAGGAGCAGUAAUCUAAACACCGCUGGAGGUGUAAGACCACUGUGCCAUCUUUGAUAUCUUAAUGUAUGUUUAUAAUAUUCAGAAAUAAGACGUUUAGAUAGCGGUUAAAUCAUUUUAGCUAACCAAAACCUUAACAAAUAUGUCAUUCACAAAGCUGUAUGUACGAAGGUAGAAAGUGAGAGAUUCGGGGCGUGGAUAUUUAACCGAUUAGUAUGUAAAACUAAUGUUUAUAUCAGAUAACCUAGAAAAUAAGGCGAAUGAGAGCAGUUCAUACAAUCCACCAACAGUGGUGUUACAACACUUGUGAGAGUAGUGUGAAGCUGCCAAAAAUAAAGGGGAGACUUCCGGUUAGUAUUUCCGCUUGUUGUAUCAAAAUAAAAGUUCGGUUUCGAGGCUUGACUUCUACACCGGAACUAAAUUCCUGUUUACAUCCGAAAUAAUGGCGUCUUCCCGAAACGACAAGGGAAAGAAAUCGGUUAGUCAGGAGGAGCUGCGGCGGCUCAUGAAAGAGAAACAGAAAGAAACGACCGGCAAAAAGAAACGCAUCGAAUCACCCUUUGCAAAGUACAACAGCCUUGGACACCUGAGCUGUGUGCUCUGCAAUAUUCCGGUCAAGUCUGAAAUAUUAUGGCAAACUCACGUCCUGGGAAAACCACACAAAGAGAAAGUGGCUGAACUGAAAGGAACAAAACAAGGUCAGAUUGUUGCUUCAGUUAAUCAGAAUCCUACAUCUUCUGUGCUGAAACGAAAGACAUCAGACUCCCAACAGCCUACAGCAAAAAAAGGUAAAGCAGAGGGUUCAUCAUCUGCGUCAGGGAUUCCUGCAGACUUCUUUGAUGGAGGACAGGGGCAGAAUACUGCAGGCUCUAAAAAACCAUCAGGGCUUGGUUUACUAGCUGGGAACUAUGAUGACAAUGAUGCUAGUGGUGAUGAAGAGCAAGCAAAGCAGAACGUUGCUGUCUUGCCUCCAUCCACCACACCUGGACUCCCAGCAGACUUUUUUGACAGUGGUCUUCCCAGUGUCCCUGGCGUCUCUCACUCAGGAUCCAUUCUGAAAGUAGAUGAACCAGAGAAGCCUGUGGAAAGGAAGGAGAACACGGCUGAAGCCUUGCCUGAGGGAUUUUUUGAUGAUCCGGUGGUAGAUGCGAAGGUACGCAAGGUGGAUGCCCCCAAAGACCUGAUGGACAAGGAGUGGGAGGAGUUUCAGAAGGAAAUGCGGCACGUGAAUAGCGCCUCUGAAGCUAUUGUUGCUGAGGAGGAUGAGGAUGGUCGUCUGGAGCGGCAGAUUGACGAGAUUGAUGAGCAGAUUGAGUGUUACCGGCGAGUAGAGUUACUCAGGGACAGAAGGGAAGUGAUGAAGAACAUGGGGCAGGUGGAUUCGAAACCGCAGCAGGAACAGAGGAGCAGUGGGGACAAGGAAGAGGAGGAGGAUGAGGAGGAACUUUUUAGUCUGCUGUCUCGUGACUGGAGAGCCAAAAGAGUGCUGAACUAAACUGUUAAAACCCAAACUGAUCAGCUGCCCCUGUGUGGGGCAGAAGGAGUGCAGUCCUAAACUAUUAAAACCCAAUCUCAUCAGUUGCCCCUGUGUGGGGCAGAAGGAGUGCAGUCAUAAACUAUUAAAACCGAAUCUGAUCAGUUGCCCCUGUGUGGGGCAGAAGGAGUGCAGUCCUAAACUCCUAAAUGCUUCAGCUGUUAUGAUUUAGCAAGAUGCUUUGAACCUGAUUUAGAUAACAGGAUUAAGCAGAUAUAUUUUCUAGAUUAAUUAUGAGAAAGUUUGAUUUCAAGUUUCUUCCCUGAGCUCCUCAAGACCGUACUCAAAUGACUAAACCACCUUAAGCCGUCAGAGCCCUGUUCUUUACCUACCAUGACCAAAAACCCUGAAUGUUAAUGUCUAACUGCAUCCUUCCUCACUGGUCAGCCACACAGGGUGACUAGGCACUAGCUUUUUGUACAUUUCUAAAUGUGAAUAUCCAGUGUUGAUGAGGCCUCCUGCCCAAAUGUCACUGUAUUAAAGAUUUUUUUUGUUUGUCUUUUGAAA